AAGACCUCCCCAUAGCGAGUUGCUCAUGACACUGUCACACAGACCUUAAUGGAUGAUAUGGAAAGAUACUGAAUUUUUUUCCUCCAGGAAUGCCAGCCAGUCCUGAAUGCCAACCAGUCCCUUCACUUUGGCUGAUCACUGCAGAGGCCUGGUGCUGAGGUCUGAUGAGACCUGUUCCACAUAAACCAAAUUCUAACAGGAUGCCUGCAAGUCCUCUCUAUGAGGCUGUCACGCAAGCCUGUUCAGAGAAUUUUCGGCAAUUACACUUGCUCAGACAUUGAUUCUCACUUCUCUGCACUAAUUAUUUACUUCAAUUUCUACUUUCAAUCUAUAAAUGUUAGCACUGUCAGCACUCACAGACCUGUCUUCUUUCUCUUGAAACCAUGACUUUACUUGGGAUAGCUUGGGAUGCUUUAGAGCAUGGCUUUCUCACUAUGUCAUGUGUCUUCAUUUUGCUUUCCCAAACCAGACUGUAAACUCCCUGAGAGAGGAGACUGUGAAAAGUGGUAAUAUCUUAUAUAGACGGAUACACAACAAAUAACAAGAACAACAUUUGGACAAAAACACCGUUGUUGCUCUUAGUAGUUGAGAAAAUUUGCCUUAACAUGUUCAGAAGACUCUCGAUUGGCUGCUACAACAUACGUCUCUUCUCCUUUCCCCUGCCUGCCCUCUGCUGGAACUGCUAAUGAGCAAUAAGAGGGCCAAAGCAGGACGUGGUGUGGGAAACAUGGGAAAAUAGGGGCUUGUCUGACUGAAAAGUAAGUUGAAAAACUGAUUUGUCAAUUCACAACCUAGAUCUUUGAAGCUCCUCCUUACUUGCCUUUGGGCAGCUAGCAGUCUCAUUACAAGACCCUUUAUUGGUUCAGCUGUGCGUGGGAAUGUGAUUCUACCUAAUGGCAUGAGAUGGACCAAAUGACCUUGUAUGUCUUCCACUCUUCUUUGCUUGUUUCACCUCUCUGUCUUGCAGUCAUCCAAUAGAUGGCAGAUAGCUGAGCCAGAUAGUGCCCCGUCCCAAACAUAAAUGCCCUCCUGUUUGCCAAACCCUCAAAACCUUCACCACCUUCACAUAUAACAGGCUUUUACGAGGAUCUGGCAAGACUGCCGCUUCGGUAAUGCAAUGCCGAAGAAGCUCUUCUACCAGCAAAGAAAGAGGAUUUCUUCCCAUUUGGCUCCAGCCUGGAAACAAUCCCAAGAAUGGCUUGUAUUGGAUCAAUGGAGGUUGCAUACUCCCUCCCAAACCGCACACCAAGCCAGGAAGAUGGGUGAGGACACAGUGAGAAGGUGGCCAUCUGCAAGCCAGGGAGACAGUUCUCACCAGAACCCAACCAUACUGCCACCCUGACCUCAGAUUUCCAGUCUCCAGAACCGUUGACAUGAUGAAAGAAGCAUUAGAAAAACUUCAGCUCAAUCUAGUAGAGAUGAAAGAUGAAAACGCGACCUUAGAUGGUGGAGAUGUCUUAUUCACAGGCAGAGAAUUUUUUGUGGGCCUUUCCAAAAGGACAAAUCAACGAGGUGCUGAAAUCUUGGCUGAUACUUUUAAGGACUAUGCAGUCUCCACAGUCCCGGUGGCUGAUGCUUUGCAUUUGAAGAGUUUCUGCAGCAUGGCUGGGCCUAACCUAAUCGCAAUUGGAUCCAGUGAAUCUGCACAGAAGGCCCUAAAGAUCAUGCAACAGAUGAGUGACCACCGCUAUGACAAACUCACUGUGCCUGAUGACAUGGCCGCGAACUGUAUAUACCUAAAUAUCCCCAACAAAGGCCACGUCUUGCUACACCGAACCCCAGAAGAGUAUCCAGAAAGUGCAAAGGUUUAUGAGAAGCUGAAGGACCAUAUGCUGAUCCCCGUGAGCCAUUCUGAACUGGAAAAGGUGGAUGGGCUGCUCACAUGCUGCUCAAUUUUAAUUAACAAGAAGGUAGACUCCUGAGUUGAAGUCCCUCCCUUGUAGCCAGCAAUACUGCACUCACAAGGCCGAUAACUGUACCACUCCUAUCGUGUUCAUUGACAAUCUACUGUGCCACUGUGCUACUAACUCUGGUUUACAAAAGUCUGAUUCCAAGUUUGCUUCAUUCUGCAUCCCCCCCCCGCCCCGCCCCUUGCGGUGGUACCUAAGCCGUGGGUUUUGCUAAAUGAAUUAAGCAAUCUAGAAAAUAUAGAGCUAAUGAAUUAUUGAACUGUGAUUAAUAAUAGUAAAGAAACACUCAUUUUAGUGUUUGUAUUAUUGGUGUGAAAUAUAUAUAUGCUGUUUAGUUGCCAGUAUAUGCUAAAGGGUAUCUUCUUGAUCAGUCAGAUAGGCUGGGUUGUUUUGUGUUUUGUUUUUUGUUUUUCUCUGUAUCAUUAAUCAUCUUUGGUUCCUGAAGAAUUCCCUCGUUCCUGGAUCCUCUCCGUUUCCUUCUUUUUUUUUUUUUUUUUUUUUCAUCUGAACUCUGGAAAUUUUGUUUCCAGUUAUUUUCUUUUGCCUUUCCCACUUCUAUUACCUUAGGUAAAAUCCACGGUCUUGCCUUCUGGAUACCUUCCUGCAGGCCUCCCCCAUCUGCCACAUCCGUCUCCUCUAGCUCAUGGCUACGUAUUUGGCCACCACCUCCAUUCUCCCCAGGAAAGGCAGACAGGUCCCUCAGCAGAAUUGUGACCAAAAUCAGAGAGACUAUUUGGGGAAGAGUUAACUACAAAGAAGCAUAUCCUGAUGGGGUUUGCCCCAGAUAACUAAAUUCCAUAAGUAGGACACCACAGCUAGGAAGGUAAAUUCAGCUCCAUAGGGUUGCUAGGAUCGUAGAUCAAGACACUUGGAAACACCAUAUGGGUACAAUGUCUUAGGAAGUCUUUUAAGUCACAUUCCAUGAAUUUUUGCUUUAUCACUAGCCAUUUACAGACCUUGGGGAAUACUCUUAUUUAUUCCAUCGGCUCAUUUCUAUUCCCACCCCCCCCCCCCAUCGUGACUCACCCUAUUUCCAGCCUUCUACCCCCCUGCAAUUAUCCUGGUCUAACGACGUUAUUUCUUUCAAAAGAGACAUUGCAUCUAAAAGUGAUUAUAGAUGGUCUAGUGAGAGCCAGAUGGAGCAUGUACAGGAAGUGAUCCGCUUGGUGCUUGAAACCGCAGACAAUGGACAAUUCUACUUUGAAAUAUCUAUGAUUAUGUACUGUGGAAUUCAAUUAACACUUCUUUCCUCUCUAGCUUUUAAAUUACACAACCUAAAACUGAUGCCAGUCUCUUACAAAGAACAAUGCCGCAGUGAAGGGAGAAAUCAUUGUCUUUUACUUAAACCUGAAAGAAACAGCCUCUUAGCAGGCCAAGGAAAUGGUACUUUCCAAGGAAUGGUGACUGAUCCAGGCAUGUUAUCAAACUUCCUAGUCAUCUCCACCUUUCCGGUAUUGCCUGUAGCUUGUUGUUCAAGAUUAACAAUCAGGGAGAUUAAGAAAUAUGACUGAAAGUCUUGCCCUGCUUACCUAUGUAUUUCUAACCAAUCAUUUCUUAGGUUUAGUGACCAAAUGGAAGUGAUAAGCCUCUGAGAAAACCAAGGCAUCCAUAACUACUAUCUGUCUUUUUCAUUUAUUUGAUGAUCUAAUGCCAGGAUUUGAAGAAUUCCUUUCCUCUCCUUUUUGCUUAACUUUAAAUUCACUUCACAUGCAGAUAUCUUAUAUAGCAUCCCAUGAAUGAACCAUAUCUUAGUCACUGUCAUAUUUGGAAUUGUCUCAUCAUAGGUGAAUAGUAUGUUUUUACCAGAGAGAAAAUGAAUGUUACCCACAUGCUCAAGUUAAUAAGGAAAAAUUGUCUUCCACAAUUAUGGUUGCUCUUUUGGGUUAAAUCUGGCUCUAAGCUGGCAAAAUCAGAACUUCUCCCUGGAAGAGUUCAGCGUCUCAGAAACAAUCUGGGGAAAAUUAACCUAGUCAGCCACAUGAAGCUUACUAGCAAGUGGCAUAUAAUUUUUAAUAUCUUUACUUCUGUCAUCCCCAACUGAAGAACUGUAUUAUAGUCGAUUGCAGGUAGUUAGAUUUUUCUUCUGAACAAUCUGUUCUGCAGAAGGCUGUUUUCCACCUUUCCUUUCCUUUGCUUGCCCUCUUUGCUCCUCUGUCUCAAGAAGUCACUUAGAAUCUGUGUGCCUCUUCUACAGAAUCUCAUUCUAUGCUAUGUCAACUGACUAGGCUGUCUUCUUUGGACUCCCUAUGUGAUGAUGUGAAAACCCAAAAUAUCUGCAGCAUAGUAGUAGUAUUUUUUGAUGUUCUCGUAAGCAUAAUGUUCUCUUUUCAGAGGAAAGAUAACCUGUUAUUACAUAGGUUCCCCUCUGGCCCGUUGUGAUUUAUAAGGAUAAAUAAACUAACAGAAGCUGCUCUUUGACAUUGUGAAGACAAUAGGAAUUAUAUUAAAGUAAGGAAAAGUUGAGUCAGAAUUACUUGGUAAGAUUCAAUCUAAUAGGGGCAAUAUAGAGAAAGUACAUUAUUUAGCAUUAUUUCUUCAACUCUAAUGAAUCGCUAUAGAAAUCAGCAGGCAGAUCUCUAAUGUGUAUUGAUUGCUCUUUAAGCUACUGUGAACAGAUUAUUAAGGCUAUCUCUUCAUCUCUAAGGGGGAAAUAGUCUGUAGAUGAAUAAUGUGACUUAUAUAGAGUUGCAUGUUAGUCUUUGUAAUUAUUUAAUCUUUAACAUUCUACAGAACUCAGACAUGAUUUCAACAUGGUGUUAGAUGUGUGCAUUUUGAUUUGCUGACCAUCACAUUCCAGCCAAUGUAUGGUUAUCCACUCUGUGUGCCAAAACCAGUAAAUGCCUUUCACGGCUCUUUAGUCCAGAGAAGUUCUGCACUGAUUUUGGUCUCUUGUUGUCCUGAUCCUACAAGUAUACAAAUCACGAUGGAAUAAAGUGUGAAUUGUACUGUGA